AUGGAUCUCCCUUGGAUUUGUGCAGGGGAUUUCAAUGAGAUUGUCAGAGCAGAAGAGAAACUGGGGGGUGCUACACGUCGGGAGAGACAAAUGAUUGAUUUUAGGAAUGCUCUGGAUUUUUGUGGAUUUCAGGAUUUGGGAUUUGUUGGCGCCCCGUUCACAUGGUGUAACAACCAGUUUGAUGGAGCAGUGACUUGGAUUAGGUUGGACAGAGGAGUAGCAACCAAUCCUUGGAUUCAAAUGUUCCCAUCAACCAGAGUUCAUCAUAUAGCUGGUUCGCUCUCGGAUCAUAGCCCAUUGUGGAUUUGUACUGAUGAUGAAAAUGCACGUUUUUACAGGAAAAAGAAACCUUUUAGGUUUGAAGCGGUCUGGAUGAGGGAUGAGGGGUGUGAAGCAGUGAUAAAACAUUCUUGGGAGAGCCAAGCAAUGGAAAAUCCGAUGGGCAGAGUGAUAAAAAAAUUAGAGGCAUGCCAGUUAUCCCUACAAGAUUGGAGCAAACAUUCUUUUGGCAAUAUUCGCCAUAGGCUGCAACAAAAGAAAAAAUUGCUAAUGCAAGCGGAAGCAAAUGCCAUGAACGGAUCCAACAAUUCCCAUUUGAGAACAUUGAGGGCGGAGGUCCAUGAUCUAAUGGUCAAGGAGGAGUGCCUAUGGAUGCAAAGAUCACGGGUGAAUUGGUUGAAAGCAGGGGACCUUAAUACAGCCUAUUUCCACAGCCGUGCAAACCAGAGAAAUAGAAGAAAUUUCAUCUCCAAACUGACCCUGGAUAGUGGGGAAGUGGUGAAGGAUGAGCAGCAGAUUGGGGAGGCGUUUGUGCACUAUUUCCAAUCCAUCUUCCAGUCAACCAACACAGUCGGUUUUGAUGCAAUCCUCCAAGGGAUUGAACCAAAAGUGACAACGCAAAUGAAUGCCGAACUUAACCAGCCUUUCACAGCCAUGGAGGUUGAGCAAGCACUCAAGCAAAUGAAACCUAUGACAACCCCUGGUCCGGAUGGUAUGCCCCCAAUUUUUUACAAAUCUUAUUGGAAUACUGUCGGUUCUGAUGUUAUAGAUGCAUCCUUAUCUGUUUUAAAUACGGGAGUAAUGCCUCCAAACCUAAACCAUACUUUCAUUACCUUAAUCCCCAAAAAAAAAUCCCCCACAAACCUCAAAGAUUACCGCCCCAUAAGCCUAUGCAAUGUCAUAUACAAAAUAAUCUCAAAGGCCAUAGCAAACCGACUUAAAAAAAUCCUCCCUAAACUUGUGUCCGAGACCCAAAGUGCCUUCAUGUCAGAUCGUCUCAUCACUGACAACAUUCUUGUAGCCUUUGAAACACUCCACCACCUAAAAAAUAAAAGGAAAGGCAAAACCGGGUUCAUGGCUCUAAAACUCGACAUGAGUAAAGCCUAUGAUAGAGUUGAAUGGGCUUUCUUAGAUAAAAUCAUAGAGAUAUUGGGUUUUGAUGAUAAAUGGAGGAAUCUAGUGGGUUGUUGCUUUCGAUCAGUCUCUUUCUCUGUCAUGAUUAAUGGGGAACCCCACGGAUUUUUUCACCCAAGUAGGGGUCUCCGUCAAGGAGACCCCCUAUCACCUUACUUGUUUCUUUUAUGUGCAGAAGGUCUUCACUCUCUAAUUCAACAGGCAGCUGAUAAUGGAGAACUUAGGGGGGUGUCUCUUUGCAAAGAAGGGCCAAAAAUUACCCAUUUAUUCUUUGCGGAUGAUAGCUUGCUCUUUUGUAGAGCAACGGAGUCAGAUUGCCAAAAAGUGUUGAAUAUCCUCACAGUGUAUGAAGAAGCAUCUAGGCAGAAAAUCAACCGUGCUAAAACGCAAUUAUUUUUCAGCACAAACACUCAUGAAGACACAAAGAAUAGGGUGAAGGUCUUAGUGGGAGUUGAGGAGGUGACUCAAUAUGAAAAAUACUUGGGUAUGCCAUCAUUUGUGGGGAGAGCAAAAAGAGAAACCUUCAGUUACAUUAGGGAGAGAGUGUGGCACAAAAUCCAAGGAUGGAAAGAGAAACUCCUAUCUCAAGCGGGCCGGGAGAUUUUAAUCAAAGCAGUCAUCCAAGCAAUGCCGACCUUCACUAUGGGAUGUUUCAAACUUCCCAAAAAUUUGUGCAAGGACAUUGAAGCACUGAUAAGAAAGUUUUGGUGGGGGUACUCGGGUGAGGCGAGGAAAAUCCAUUGGAUAGCAUGGAAAAAACUUUGCCUACCAAAACUACAUGGAGGCUUGGGAUUUAGGGAAUUGGAAAAAUUCAAUCUUGCUCUCCUAGGCAAACAGGUUUGGAGACUAAUCCAUAAUACCGAUUCCAUGUUCUACAAAGUCUUCAAAGCAAGGUUUUUCCCUACAUGCUCGGUUCUUGAAAGUGGGGUGAAAACGAAUGGAUCAUAUGCUUGGCAAAGCAUCCUCAAAGCGAGGGAGGUCGUCAAGCAAGGAGCAUAUUGGCGGAUUGGGGAUGGCACUACAGUGCAGAUUAGGGGUGAUAAGUGGCUGCCUGAUAACUCCACAAAACACAUAAUCUCUCCUCAAAAAAACCUCCCGAUGAACGCAAAGGUUUGUGCUCUAAUUGAUGAGGAUGGCCCAAGGUGGAUUAGAGACUGGGUAACACAAGAAUUCUUUCCCCAUGAAGCCCAACAGAUUUUGGGAAUCCCCCUAUGCUCAAACCGGACCCAAGAUCUUCUUAUUUGGGCUGGCACAAAAUCAGGGAGGUACACAACAAAGAGUGCAUACAAAAUGCUAUCAUCCAACCAGGUUUCAUCCACUCCUAGCCCAUCUGAUUCAUCGGCCAAUACCAGCUGUUGGAGGAAAAUUUGGACCAUGAAUAUUCCAAACAAAAUCAAGCACUUCCUAUGGAGAGCUUGCCGAGAAUCUCUCCCCACAAAAAAGAACCUGCUAGUCAGGAAUGUCACAAGGAACGCCACCUGUGAGUGGUGCAAUGAGGAAGUAGAGGACACGGUUCAUGCACUAUGGGGAUGCCAAGUCCUCAAGGAGGUUUGGUGGGAAGAAGAAGCCCUCAGAAAUCAGCUUUCAAUGCGAUUCGUCGACUUCAGGGAUCUAUGGACUGGUAUAACAAAUGUUGAUGUACCAAACCUGGCGGAGCGGUUUGCUAUGGUCACCUGGGGUAUUUGGAACAAGAGGAAUGCUACAAGAAUGCAGGCGCCUUCCCUCCCAUUUCAUCAGCUGUACCAGAACAUGCGUGAAAGGUUGACUGAAUUCCGGCUAGCACAAGAACAUCCGGUUUCAGAGCCCAGGCCCUCAGAUACACCGCGUUGGUACCCACCCCAGAACUCACAGCACAAAGUAAACUAUGAUGGUGCUCUGUUCAAAGAAAUUUGGCAGGCGGGAGUUGGAGCAGUAGUCAGAGAUGUGGACGGACGGGUCUGUGGUGCUAUUUCAGAUAGAAUGGCGCUACCAGGAACAGUGGAAGAGGUCAAGGCCAUCGCAUGUAGAACAGUCGUACGUUUUGCGCUUCAACUUGGCCUAGCAGACGUGGUGUUUGAAGGGGAUUCUGAAACCAUCACAGCAGCGAUCAAUUCGAGCUCUCCGUGCUUCAGUUCAUAUGGUCAUAUUCUGGAAGAAGUGAGAAUAAUGGCGCUGAAUUUUGUUUCAGUUGCGUUUGUUCAUGUGAAAAGGCAGGGGAAUGGUGUAGCAGAUAAGUUAGCAAAGGCAUCUAAAGCCAUACAGUGCCCUCAUGUUUGGACGAAUGACAUCCCAAGUGAUGUGCAACAGCAUGUAAUCCUUGAUAGUUCUGUGGAUUAA